AUGUCAGUUGUUACAGAUUCACUUUCUGGUCCCAAAGAUUCUAAGUUAGAAGCAAGGCAAUUUCGUUUUAAAAAGUUUCCUUCUUCAAUAACUAUUUCUAUAGAAGGAGUGGAGUCUUCCUCUUUUGGAGUUUUGUUAGCUUCUGAGUUAUACGUAACCUCUGGUGGCUUAGAUUUUA